AUGGCGGGCAGUUCGACCAGAGAGGUAAUAACACUUCAAUUUGGACAUUAUUCCAACUUUGUCGGGACCCAUUGGCUGAACAUCCAGGAAAACAGCUUUUGUUACGACCCAAACUCUUCAAAUCAGCAAGAAAUAAACCACGAUGUCUUGUUUAGGGAAGGUUUAACCGCGCGAGGUCAGCAAACCUAUACUCCACGACUGAUGAUUUUUGAUUUAAAAGGAAGCCUUAGAAGUUUACCACAAUACGGUACUUUGUAUCAAACUUCAUCCUACCAUAACGAAUCUCCUUGGUGGGGAGAGGUGUCUGUACACGAGUCUAAACCCGAGCCUAAAAAUGAGUUUCAGCUGGACCUAGAAGCCGAGGAACUUGAGGCUAUGGCUGUUGAUAAUCGAACCCGUGAUCAGGCUUAUGCUGUUGACAAUGAAACGAGUAAUCGCCCGUCAAUCAGUUUUGUCAGUGAAGAUGAUGACAAGCCUUUAAGAGAGAAAUUUUAUGACCUUGAUCAAGACAUUUCCGUGUGGUCAGAUUUUUUAGGAACUUCGUUGCAUCCUAAGUCAAUUCAGUUGGUAAGAGAUUUUUUGCAUGGAGGGCAUGCUAAUCCUUUUGAUGUGUUUGGAUAUGGAGAGGGUGUUGCAAAAGAUGAGUACUUUUAUGAUGAGUUUGAAUCCAAUCUUCACUUCUUUGUGGAGGAGUGUGACAGUCUUCAGGGAUUUCAGGUCUCGUAAUAUUUAUAUAUAAUUUUUAGUGAAAAAAUAGUCCUCAGAGCAGGCAGCAGAACUUGGGUAACAUGCAGCCAUCUUUUCCUUGUAAGCUUGGUCAAUGGCUGCUGCUGCACUAAGGGACUUCACUGAGUUAUUUGCCAUCAACUAAUAUUGAAAUGAACCGGUUUAAAAAGAAUGUGAGUGCAACCGGUUUUAGCUGGGUUAUACAAAUGUACAAAUGAAGUGAGAACAAAAGCUUUUCUUAACCAGAUUAGGUUUCUUAAACCACCUUGCGGGGUAGUUUACCACUGGUUAACGUUAUCAGUUAAUCAAUCACCUUUGCCCACACUGAGAAUUUUCCAAAUUUAGGCUUUACCAUGCACCAAAGCACUUAAUUCUUUUGCCUCACAUCCAAGUUCAUGCUAGACUUGCUGCAAGUCAACCUCUUUUUAUCAGUAUUUGGCCAUUAACUCUAACCUGAGUGCCUGAAUUGAACAUUAGAAGAAAAGCAAUCGACUAAGCAAAGCCUCGUAAAUCAGAGGGAAUUUGUAAAGUCUAUUAAUUUCGGCUCCUCAUAGAAAUUAACCUGGUUUAACUUUUUUAACCAGGUUAUUCAAUAACGAACCUGGUUUAAUAACUCACUAAGUGUGGCCACAGACCAUAAGGGUUUAAGUUUGUGGCAAAGAAUUUUUUGUCAUGUUAGAACUAGGCAGGCAAGAUAAGUCCAUCAUACCUGCUUACUCUAGGUAAUGUAUAAGAACAGAGACUGGACUUCAUCUUGCUGGCUUGCAGACUUGCUAGCUUGCAGAACCAUUUAUGCACUUUUCAAAAUAUAAAGUUAGCUCUGCAAGGUUAUUUAUAAUUUAUUCCUUUUCAAUGGUUAGUUGCCCAGUUAGACAGAAUGAAGUUACUUUUCCCAAUAAUAGGAUCACCUCCUUUGUUUUGGUAAAAAAGUAUUUAUUUUCUGUAAACUUCCUCAAUAAAGAAUAACACCCCUUCUGAUGCUAGUACUAAUCUAACUUCUCCACACUGGCCGCCUUAAUUAAGGAGAGGUGAGUGGGUGUUAUAAAGAUCAGGUGGUUAUAAAAAACAUAGUUGCAUGGCCCAUGAAAUGGGACAUUGGUUUUAAAAGAAAGAGUGUAAUCUUGUAUCUCUUUAGUUUUUGAAAUGCUUUAGGUAAUCAUAACUGAUUAAUCAAAAAUGCAAACAAAAUGCUCAGAAACAAACAGAAAAAAGGAAGCAAAAUACAGUGAGUAAAUCAGUUUAUACAUAUUUGUUCUUAAAUGGCUGUUUUUGCAUCUGGGAGUCACUUAAGUAGCUAUCAAUUUGUGGAAAGGUGGCUACUCUAGAAUGGUUGAUUAAAACAAGAGAUGCAGUUGAUCAUUUAAUUUUGCUUUUGUCUUGUUAGAUCUUUGCUGAUGUGUGUAAUGGGUUUGGAGGCUUGUGCAAUUAUCUGCUUGAAGAGCUCAAGGAUGAAUAUGGAAGAAAGUCAUUUGUUACAUUUGGUAUGACUGAAACUCAAUUGCCAGAUGGAACAACUAAGGAAACUGCCUACAGAAUUCUAAACUCAGCUUUAUCCUAUGGACAGUUAUCACAACACAGUGACAUAUUUAUACCCUUGUCUCUUGCUAGUGAAGCAGUUCCACACACAGGACCCCCGAGGGAGUUUCCUCUGCUAAAUUACAAGGUAUACUGUUAUAUUUUUAUUUAAUUGCAGAAAAAUUUUUUUUAAGAAAAUAGAGGGAAGACCAUCAGAAUUAUUUACUCCACUUUAUACUAGCAAUAAGUUAUGAUAAUGACUGAAAAAAUUCAUAUUCUGAUGCACUAUCAAAGAGGUUGGAAUAAUCUUGUCAAGGCUCUGUUGUGGUCGACUUAGUAGUAGUUGUGUACUCCAUUUUGCAAUAUGACAAUCAGCAUCAUACCAUCUGAUUGUUUUUUAGUUUACAGUUUGCAAUGGUUUUUUUUUUUGUUUACAGUGUAAGGAGUAAGUGCUCUUCUGUGUCUUGAACUGUUACAGUAAAACCUGGCUGAUAUGAACACCAAACGGACAUACAAUUACCAAAGAUUCUGUUCUUUUUCUGCGUCACUUUAUUAGUUAUAGUAGUCCUACUGUAAAACUUGAAAAUAUUGCGUCCUCUUUUUCAAGUUUCAAUCUACAUGUCCAUAUCCAUCCUUGCCAUCUAUAGUGACAAAUGACAGGAAACAGUUUCAAUACCUAAAUAUAGUCUCGAGUAACAAAACUGGCAAUUAUUUGUGGAACUCAGUUGAUGCAAAGACACGUUUUAGCCAGAAAUAACCCCUUUAAGCAGCAAUUCUGCUUUCCUUUGCAGCCAUACCUAUCGUACCACACAAGUUCUGUGUUAGGAGUAUGUGUGGACACGAUUACCAUGCCAUAUCGGCUCAUCACACAGCAAGCCUCAAACAUGAGCAGCUUUAUCGACAGCGUGGCACAUGGAGAAAGAAAGAUUGGUAGUUUUUCAUUGUCUUUUCCUCUACCUGUGGAUGAGAACAAUUCUUUAGCCUCUUUUUUAGGAUCAAGACUACAAAGUUAUGGACGGGAGCUCUUACAAUGCAUAUCACCAGGAGUGUCAAACAGUUCUUCUCUUAUUUCCCAGUCUGCGGUGGUCAGAGGAAUUCCGGUUACUCACGCUUAUAACCCUGAAAAAAAUAUAAGUACCCAGACUUCUCUACAAAGUAAGAACCCACUUGAAGCAUGUGCAUCGGCCAAUGAAAUCGUCCGGACAUUCCUGGAAAAUGUACAUCCUAAUACCUCCCCUCUGUGUUGGAAUGUUAACCAGGCUUGCAUGGUUAAACCACCAUUCCCAAAUAUUUUUGCCCCUAAAGUAAACAGCUAUGGAUUUUCAGUGGAAGGAUAUGUAAGACCCGAAAACACCCGAGUUAAUCAGACAAAUGUGCUCAGCCGAUUGGAGACAAACUCCAGUAUUGGGAACAUGUUGUUAUCAUUAGUGCAAUGGGCAAAGAAAGCAAACAUUAGCAAACAUCACGUCUUUUUAGAAUCUGGAAUUGAAGUGGAAAGUUUUAACGGCCUUCUGGAGGAACUAAGUAGUCUAUCUCAGCGAUAUGAGAACCCGUGA